AUGUCCGCCAAAGUCGGCACCGGCCUCGCUGCACAUCCAGCCAAAAGCACCAUCUCAUUUGAACAGCACUAUAACCCGGACGCUUCCCUGGUUCUAAUUGGAUUCCCUGGUGCUGGGAAGAAAACCCUGGGUAUAAUGGCUUCUAUGGGUCUUCGUCGUCGAUUCAUUGACUUUACUGCCCACUUUAAAGAUGAGUUUCAUAUCUGUCCUCAAGCCUAUAUUACACAGUACGGAUCAGCACGUUAUCUGGAAGCAGAACUGUGCCUCUAUCGUGAUUUGCUGGCAAAUUAUAGUCAUGAAAAGGCCUUGAGGCAAUGCAUGGUGACAAGUCCCGAGACUUUUGACCGUGUUUUACGGACUGGACACCGAGUUUUCAAAUCAUGCUCGAAUUUUGACUACUAUAAUCUUUUCGAGGAUCUCAUCCCGGGGGCUGAAAAUUCCCGACCUUCAUAUCUCAAGCUUAAGGAGACGGAGAAAUCCUUUGUCAGGUUCCUGAACCAUAUCUUUGGGUGCCAGGGUCGCUUGCGCUAUUCGGCUGAACUGUUCUCUGCGUCUCCAUCAUAUGCUCUCCAGGUGCCACUAGCUUGGCUGGAAGAACCAUCCCAGAAUUACCACGCACUAGAAAAUGGAGCAGAUGCCGUCAGCUUGGUUGUUGAUACGACAGAGAUAGCGGACCACCACUUUGCUGAUAAGCUAGCAAAGAGUGUGGCUCUUAUACGAAGGCAUUCGCGGGCCCCCCUCAUUGUCGAUGUACAGACACCGGAAAAGACACAGAUCUCCGGUUAUCUCAUCGUCCUGGGGCUCGUUGCUCGCCUGGCACCAGACGUCUUGACCUGCUCAUUAGUCUGCCAUGAUGAAGAUUUUAGGGGACUACUUGGAAACAUCAACCGAACAAAAGUUAUCGCCACGUUCCAUCAACAAACCCCAUUGGAAUGGAGUGAAGAAGACCAUCGCAGGUUUAUCUCGAUGUGCAAUCGGGCGCAUAGGCUCGGAUGCGCGGCUAUUCGAAUAACAGGAGAGUCCCGGUCCUUGGAGGACAAUUUGGGUUGCGUUAGCUUUCUGCAAAACAUCAGCAGAACAUCUCCUCUAUGCGUCAUGGCUCAUCACGUUGGUUGUGCCGGCCGUCCUUCAGUCUGCCUUAACCCUGUAUUGGCACCUGUGGUUCAUGAGUCAAUGAGACACAAAGGGGCCACACUGCAGGAAGCACAGCUAUCCCUUUCAAGCUGUUUUCUCUACCAGCGGAAGAGAUUCCACCUCAUCGGCCGGGAGUUGUCAUAUAGCUUGUCCCCAGAAAUGCACAAUAUGGCAUAUUCUGCAUGUGGACUCCCUAAUGUCUAUUGUUUAACAGAGAUCCGAAGCCUGUCUGACAUUAAUUCCCUCCUGAACGCCGAUGAUUGUGGGGGCGUUGCAGUAUCUCUUCCCUACAAGACAGAGGUACUAAAGUACCUAGACGAGGUCAGUGAGGAUGCCAGCAACAUCAAUGCAGUCAAUACUGUGGUGAUGGAGAUGCACAAUCGUCCGGGAGAGCGUCCGCGACGCAUACGAAAAGGCUAUAACACGGACUACGUCGGCAUUCGUAAUUGCGUGUAUCAACAUCUUUCACCCGCAAACGGUAUCCGUGAUGGCACAGCAGCUCUGAUUAUUGGUGCUGGGGGUAUGGCACGAGCAGCUGUGUAUGCCUGCUAUCACCUCGGUGUUCGGAAUAUUUGUAUAUUCAACCGGACCCCUCGCAACGCGGAAACGCUGAUCGACUAUUUUACCCAGUGGUCGGCGUGUAGACCUGGACCCCCCUUAACUUUUACGCUACUCCGGUCAACGGGUACUUGUUGGCCGCCUCAGCUUCGUCUACCGACUAUUGUCAUAUCAUGCAUCCCGUACGUGGAAAGUGGCAAUAAGUCAACGCCUUUUCAAGUACCAGAGAAAUGGCUCAGCAGCAAGACUGGGGGCGUUUAUAUGGAGGUAGCAUACGGUCCACUGAAAACUGCAUCCUUGAGAGAGAUGGAACAAUACAAGUCUAGAGGCUGGAUUGUCGUCGAUGGGUUUAGCGUUCUGCUGGAGCAAGGCAUCGAGCAGUAUGAACUCUUUACCAGGAGACCGGCACCCGUCCAUGUAAUGAGAGAGACUAUCCAGCAACUCAAAGCUCGCUCAUAG